AUGUAUUUUAAAAAUGCUUAUAUAAACCCAUCAACCCUAAAACCCGAUAGCUUCCUGUUUUGAUGUCCACGUGCAUCAACUUACUCUGUAUCACUGAAAAUGCCUAAGUCUAAACGUGAUAAGAAAGUGUCCUUGACACAGACAAAAAAGAAAGGUCUUGCUCUGAAACAGAAACUGAUUGAGGAUAUUCGAAAUUGUGCUGGUAAAUAUGCAAGAAUCUUCACUUUCUCUGUGAAGAAUAUGCGCAGUGUCUUUAUGAAGGACAUUCGAACUAAUCCUGAAUGGCGCGACAGUCGAUUCUUCUUUGGCAAAAAUAAAGUAAUGCAACUUGCCUUGGGUAAAACAGUUGAAGAUGAGCAACUUCCCAAUCUUCACUUACUGAGCAUGCACAUGCAAGGAGAAACUGGUCUUCUCUUUACAGAUAAGAAACAAGAUGAUGUUUUGAAGUUUUUUAAAACUCACAAAGUUCAAGACUUUGCACGACCAGGCAACAAAGCUACUGAAACGGUGGUGAUUAAGGAAGGUCCCCUGCCUUCCAUAAGCUAUGUUAGUGAAGAUCAGCUGAGAAAACUUGGGCUGCCUAUUGAACUGAAGCGAGGUGUUAUCCAUCUUUUGCAUGAUUAUCCAGUCUGCAAAAAAGGUGAAAUUCUUAAUCCACAGCAAACCCGCCUUGUGAAACUUUUAGGGAAAAAGAUGGCCAACUUUCAUGUUAUUCUGAGCGGUGUGUGGACAAAAGAUAAUGGUUGGCAAGAACUGACAAGAACUGUUAACAAGUCAAAUGCUCAAAAGAAACACAAGCCUGGAAAAGCAAAGGCCAAAAAGAGUUCAAAAUUGAAAGAAGAGAGCAUGGAACUUGAUGCUGAAGCCAGUGAUCAAGAGGAGGGUGUUGAGGAGGAUGGUGUGGAUGAACAGGAGGAAAAUGAUGAAAGCUCGUGAUUCAUCUUGAACGCUGAAUGUAUGUUAGUGAAUUUGUGUGAAGAGAGAGGAUACUGCAUCUGGCAUGCUUGUUAUGAUUAAAAAAAGUGUCUGAAUUGAAA